AAACCUGUUCGCCCUUCAGUACCAGACACAAUGGCUUCUUCAGUGACUAGUGGCGUGCUGCCCAGUGGCAAACAGAUUUUUACCACCAUGCCUGAUAUUCUCUUCAUUCCAGAAUUUGUUUUUGGUGGAUUGGUGUGGACCCUGGUGGCCUCCACCCGUGUGAUCCCAGCAAAUCCUCUGGGCUGGGUCAUGUUUGUGUCCAUUUUCUGCUUCCUUAUCACCACUGUCUGGUUCUUCAUUUUCAUUACUGGUAAAAACCAGAGCAGCAUCUGGCCUGGCCUGGAUGUUGGAUAUCAUGCCUUUGCUGCAUUCCUUUAUUUGAGUGCUUCCGUGCUUCUGGCUUAUUUCACCAUCAUUUCAAAGGAAACAAUUUAUAUUUAUUACGUUUUGGACCUCAAGACAUACCAGCUGGACAUUGCUGCUGUGGUGAUGGCUUUCAUUACCACAUUGCUGUACUUCAUUCAUGCAAUCCUCUCUUCUCUACGAUGGCAGUCCUCUUGAAAAUCAGUCACAGAAGAGAAACACUCAUUUAACAGAACAUCACUGCCAAGCCCCAAAUAAGCCAAACAACAAACCAACCACCUAACAAACCAACAAAACAGUCAAGAGGAUAUCAGUAUUGUGUCAACACCUCUAACAUAGUGGUUCUAUCUCAUCUGAAGUCUUUAAAUGCUUUUUAGGUGUGUUUGAGCUGUCAAAUCAAUGAAAUUGUAUUGUAUUGAAAUCAUCUAGGUUUUUCUUUUUUUUUUUUUAAAACUGGAGAAUUUUAGAAAUAAAUCUAUUUGAUAUAUA